AUGGAGGUGUCUGCUGUUCUCUACGUGCUGCUGGAGCUCCUCUUGGCUCUUUUCUCUGUUCUGGGGAACCUGUUGGUCUGCUGGGCAGUCUGUCUCAACUCCAGUCUCCAGAGCAUCACUAAUCUCUUUGUGGUGUCGUUGGCUGUGGCCGACAUCGCCGUUGGAGUUCUGGCCAUCCCAUUCGCUAUCGCCAUCAGUACUGGCUUCUGUUCCUGCUUCUACGGCUGCCUCUUCAUCGUCUGCUUCGUGCUGGUCUUGACCCAGAGCUCCAUCUUCAGCCUGCUAGCCAUCGCCAUCGACCGCUACAUAGCCAUCAAGAUGCCCCUCAGGUACAAUAGCCUGGUGACUAGCGCGCGUGCUAAGUGCCUGAUCGGCGUGUGCUGGCUGCUCUCCAUUGUGAUUGGUCUAACCCCCAUGCUCGGCUGGCACCGCCCACUUAACCAUGACGACGACCACCCACAGCACCAUGACGAUGAUCUUCACACUGACCUUCAGCCAACCUUCGACCUCGAUCCUGAGGGCCUCAACGGCAGCUGUGGCAACGGCCUGAUCAGAUGCCUAUUCGAGGAGGUGGUGCGUAUGGACUACAUGGUCUAUUUUAACUUCCUGGGCUGCGUGCUGCUCCCCCUGCUGGUCAUGUUGCAGAUCUACCUGGUGAUCUUCAUGGCAGCACGCAGACAACUACACUGCAUCAGGUCUCUGGAUAAGGGUCAGUCUCUUGAUAGAGGUUCUCUGGAUAAACGUUGUCAUGGAGACCAGCAGCGUUGUCAUGGAGACCAGCAGCGUUGUCACGGAGACCAGCAGAGUUGUCAUGGAGACCAGCAGCGUUGUCAUAGAGACCAGCAGCGUUGUCAUGGAGACCAGCAGCGUUGUCACGGAGACCAGCAGAGUUGUCAUGGAGACCAGCAGCGUUGUCAUGGAGACCAGCAGCGUUGUCACGGAGACCAGCAGAGUUGUCGUGGAGACCAGCGUUCCCACUACACUCUGCAACGCGAAGUCCAGGUUGCUAAGUCGUUAGCGAUCAUCGUCGGUCUCUUCGCCGUGUGUUGGCUCCCGCUGCACAUCAUCAACUGUUUCACUCUCUUCUGCCCACAGUGUUCCCAUGCUCCUGAUUGGUUGAUGUACGUGGCGAUCAUUCUCUCUCACGCCAACUCGGUGGUUAACCCUUUUAUCUACGCCUACCGCAUACGAGAGUUCCGCCAAACCUUCCGACGGAUCCUGCGCCGACACCUGCUGUCAUGGCGACGGCAUCAACAGCUGGUAUCCGGCGGCAACAGCACACGCACCUGUGGCAGCACUCGGACACGGACCUCCGUCUGCACACCUGACCACACCUGCACUGGCUGAGUACUCCAACACCAACUUGGCAGGUUGGGACUUGAACCGGUAACCUUUGGGAUACAAGUCUGACACCCUAACCGCUGACCCAUGACUCUGACUGUCCAUACUGUGACAGUUUAGCCAGUGACAGGCCACGCUCCUUCCUGACCACGCCCCUUCCGCCCGGCCAACUCAAACACUCUGUGUCUGGCCAACCUGUGACUAGAUGACCAAUGACGUGGACAGACCUUGGAAGGUCCUGGGAGGCCAAAAGGGAAAAUGG